AUGCCCGACAACAAUGCGCCCGUACAACAAACACCGGCGCAGCCGUCGCCUCAGCCGUUGGAAGUCUCCGACCAGUCUUUCCGUCGCAUGCCGAGCCAGCGUCGAAGACGACUUUGGAUGUUGGCCGCUCGUGCCGCUGCCCAAAAGGAGCAUACAUCGCACGAAAGGGAGGUGUUACCACCACAACCACCACCGCCGCCGCCCCCACCACCGCCAUCAACACUACCUGGUACUGCAAAACAACUCUCAGAGCACCGUGGCUCCAGUCUGUUGGCGCCCGCGAAACCGGGCACUGUGCGUACCCAAGACUCGGGUAUUUCGUCAAUGGAUUAUGUCACCAGCCGGGAGGCCAACAGUCCCAACUCCGAGGACGCUGGUUUGGUAUCGUCGGCCACAGCUGGAUCAAGUCGGCCGCGGGCAAACACUACUGCUGGCCUCCUCCUCUGCGAUCCUAGGGAGCCCCGAGUGUGUUCGGAGGUAGACACACGACCCCGCCUCUCCAUUGGUCCACCCUUCCUUUCUCCUCACGCCAGCACCGCAGCCGCCACAACUGGCGUUCCCAAUUUUCGGACAGAAAUCACGAUUCCGAAGGGGGAUGGGGAGUAUCGUCAACCCGACUACUCAUCACACCUCAGCACGCAGCGCUACACCGCCUUGUGUCAUAACUACGUACCCGAUUGGGUUCGUCGUAACUGGUCCAGCGCACCUCGACCACUGAUUCCGCGUCAGCGCAGCAGUGUUGAAACUACAGGCAUGGAAACCAGCAACGACUGGACCUCCAUGGAGGCUCUGAAUAUUCAACACUCUCUCUACCCAUAUAACUGGCGUUUGUACAGUGGGCGCUACGGAGGCAGGUUCUCCUGCCCCAAAGCCAGCGUCUUCUUUGAGUCUUUUCUCAACGAUCCGAGUACCGUGCAUCUGGAGACAGCAGAAGAAGAGGAUGAUGAUGGUGAUGAGAAUGGCGGUGCUACUGAUGUGAAUGAAAGUAAUUGUGGUGUUGACAGAAACACAGGUGGACCCGAGACCAGACCUCAGGCAUCGAGGGGGGAGACUAUGAGUGACACUAAUCCUGGGGGCGGGAACCCCAAUGGGCGACGGUCUUCGCAGGCUGAUCUUGACAACCCCGGCGGGAGCUUAACGACUAGUGUACAUCUUCGCAGGCGAAGAAGACCGGGGUUUGCCAUAGCGGCUAGCGCCACCGUACCCCCACUUGAGCCGGAGGACUUACCUCAGUUCUCACGUAGUCGAAAUAGUAGUUACGCCUUUCUGCCGCAGCGAAUUCCCGCAGAGCCGGCUUUCCCACUCUGCUGGUGCGAACGUACAGUCGCUGUGGCCCCCUGCCCCAGUACCUCCCUAACAGAGCGGGCUUACCCAAAUCCGGCUGACUUCCUGCCCCAUCGUCACCCCGGCGCCUUUGCCUACCACAGAUCAAGUUCUCAUACUGGAACCUCAGGCCUUAGCCCUUUACUGCACUGCCGUUCCUGUCCUUUUAGGUUUAUGCCUCACUCUGAGUGUAGUCUCAACGUGCCCUGCCAUCAGCAUCCGCACCACUACCAUCACUGCCCCGCUUGCUGUCUGGACUACGAUAGCCACCCUCACAACAUCCCGUACGGUCAGGGUUUGGGCCGUCCACUUCCUCAGUACGACCUACCCCAGAGACACGUCCGACGUCGAAUGCUCAAAAGAAUGGCCUCAGAACCCCUCCCACCCACCUGGACCACAGUAUCCCCGGGGGUCUCCGUUGCCGGGGCAGGUGACACUGCGGACUCUCCCCUUGGUAGCACCGCACCUCCACGGAAGCGGGCCACUCCAAAGUCCCUAGUACCUGGACCAGUCCCUGUCCCCUCCACUGCCAUUACGAUUGUCCAACCGCCUAUCCCGGCGCGUCGCGCCCACACGGCGUCCCCGCCAGCGCACAUCUACGCAGAUACUAGGAUUAUCGAUUAUCGCGCGAGUGGUGGUUUUAGCCAUGAGAUGGGAACCGGCGGCGCUGAGGUCUAUAUCAGGACUCCGGACACCACCAUCACCGCCACCGCCGCCGCCGCUACCACCAGCAGCACAGACCUUCCCACCACAAGGAGACCGGAUGUCCGUGUCCACCGAAGCCUACGUGCGGGCACGGGGCUUAUUCGUGGACGUUCUGUGGACGAGGCCUUCUCCAGCCAAAGUCGCGGUACAGAGCCUUUUGCUGUCCGAGGGGAAGGCGGAGCACUGUCCUACCAGCAACCCUAUCGCAUGACGGCAUCCGAUUUCCAAAUUGCCCAUCGACCCUACCGGGCCCCCGCGGCCGGAUGGGAAGAGAAGCAGGCCUCGCUGCUCACCGAAGAUGACCCCAUUUGUUGUCAUGGACUAGUCCCGUCUCAGGCAGGUGGACACUUUUACCGACCUCGUCUGUGUCCGCACAUUUAUGAGGAGGAUGAAAGCGCUUGGAAGCCCUACGAGGUUUCUGUGGAGGCUGCACCUGGUCGAUUAGGGUCUUUCUACCCAACACAAAGAAUUCGUAAGUAG